AUGCUUCAGAUAUUCUUUUUCUCUGCCAUUAUUGUCUCAGCAGUUUUGAAUUUUGCAGGACUCGUUGUGAAUCUGUUUAUCGCAGUGGCCAAUUAUCAGACUUGGCUCAAAAGCCCCAGAAUCUCCUCUUCUAAUAGGAUCCUCUUCAGCUUGGGCAUCACCAGGUUUCUUAUGCUGGGACUGUUUCUACUCAACAUCAUCUACUUCUUCAUCUCUCCAAAUGUGGAAAGGUCAGUGCACUUAUCUACUUUUUUCCUGUUGUGUUGGAUGUUUUUGGACUCUAAAAGUCUCUGGCUUGUCACCUUGCUCAAUGCCUUGUACUGCAUCAAGAUUACGGACUUCCAACACGCAGUAUUUCUCCUGCUGAAAUGAAAUCUUUCCCCAAAGAUCCCCAGGCUGCUGCUAGCCUGUGGGCUGAUUUCUGCCUUCACCACUCUCCCGUAUGUUGUGCUCAGACAGACAUCAUGCUUUCCUGAAUUUGUGCCUGGGAGAAAUGGUACAGGAUGUGACAUCAAUAAGAGCGUCUUGUCUUUGGUGAUCUCUUUGGUCUUGUGCUCAUUUCUCCAGUUCUUCAUUAAUGUGACUUCUGCUUCCUUGUUAAUACAUUCCUUGAGGACACAUAUACAGAAGAUGCAGAAAAAUGCCACUAUUUUUUGGAAUCCCCAGACUGAAGCUCACGUGGGUGCUAUGAAGCUCCUGAUCUAUUUCCUCAUCCUGUAUACCUAUUCAGUUGCUACUCUGCUACAUUAUUUCCCUUUUGUUGGGAUGGAUUUGGGAGCCAGAUCCAUCUGCAUGGUUAUUUCCACCAUUUACCCUCCAGGACAUUCUGUUCUCAUUAUUCUCACACAUCCUAAACUGAAAACAAAAGCAAAGGAGAUUCUUUGUUUCAACAAGUAG